GUGCACGCAGGGUCCGUUCUGCUGAUCGUCCGCUAUUCUGGUUCAGAAGGCCAAAUAGCGACAUUUCGGAUUAGAAUUCCCUUCAAGUAACCCCAAGCGACCUUUGUGCAAAAGUCCUUGACAGUAUCUGGCUAACCUGGCUGCUAAUCUGUCUUUGAAAACGUGAUGGCUGCAACAUUGCGUUUACUUUACUCCGCGUCAAGGCCAGGGACUUUUGUGGCCAGCCAUAAUGUAUUGAGGUCCUUCAGUGUGUCCACACAAAGGGAAGGAUUCAAAUAUGUGAAUGCCCAGGAGAUCCCUUCAGACAUGAAGUCCAUCACAGACCGAGCUGCUCAGACGCUGCUGUGGACAGAGCUCUUCAGAGGUCUGGGCAUGACAAUGAGCUACCUCUUCAGAGAGCCUGCCACCAUCAACUACCCUUUUGAGAAGGGCCCACUGUCACCACGCUUCAGAGGAGAACAUGCACUGCGCAGGUACCCUUCAGGAGAGGAGCGCUGCAUCGCCUGCAAGCUGUGUGAAGCUAUCUGUCCUGCCCAGGCCAUCACCAUCGAAGCAGAGACUCGUGGUGACGGCAGUAGGAGAACGACUCGGUACGACAUUGACAUGACCAAAUGCAUUUACUGCGGCUUCUGUCAGGAGGCGUGUCCUGUGGAUGCCAUCGUAGAGGGUCCUAACUUUGAGUUUUCCACUGAAACCCAUGAAGAACUGCUCUACAACAAGGAGAAGCUCCUCAACAACGGAGACAAAUGGGAAGCAGAGAUAGCUGCUAACAUACAGGCUGAUUACCUCUACCGAUAGACACGCCCUUCCCAAACACUCACACACACACACACACACACACACACACACACCGGGUACACUUAGCACAUACCAGCAUAACACACAUAUGUCCUUACUGUACAUACUAUAAGAAGACAAACUCAAAUGUGAUGGACGUGCUUCCGGGUUGGAUUUAGAUUUGCUCAUGCAUCUUUUAUUUAAAAAGAACAUAACCAACACAUUUCCUCCGGUGUCAAUGUCAUCCCUUCUGAUAUGAUGAAUAUACUUUAAUAUGUUUCUCAUAAUUGCCUUGACAUUGUUCAGAUUACAUAUUUGCUGUAGAACAAUGAAUACUACACUGGUUGUCUGUGUGAUCAGUGUACAACAGUCCAGCUGCCUCAGCAUGGUCCCGUCUGUGAUCAUCAUAUGGUUGUGUCUGCACAGUCCCACUGUGUUAAAAAGAACGGAUACUGGGUCAUGCUGUGACAGUAUUGGUGCAGUACAUUGAUAGCAGAUGCAGACUAGAUUGCAGACUUUUGGUAUUGUUGUAACUUCUUCAUACCUUGGGACAAGUAUGAUUAUUGUUAUUAUCUUGGACACAAUAAAAUUCUUGGAGAAACA